AUGAGACUCACGAUUUUGGGCCUUCUGCUCAUGCUGGCGCAGCUAGCGCUGUCAAUGGAGGGGACGGGUGGCGAAAUUAAAAACGGACUUGAAGCGGCCAGCACACAUACCAACGGCCUGCAAGCACUAAAUUUAGAAGAAACGGAAGCGCAAGCGGAAGAAUCUGCGGUUACAAUCACCGAGGGGGACUCGGAGACGGCGAACAGCGACGCAACUAAUUCCACAGUUGCGGAAUCUCCCGAACCUGGCGGAAAAAAUUCAGAAUCGGCCUCCAGCACAGAUAAAGAGGAAAACGGGAGUGUGGACGAUAAACAGGCUCAGGAGACUGAAUCGGAGCAUCCCGGCGAGCCAAAUUCACAAAGUAUUCCGCCCGAAACCGGCGACGCACAACCAAUGGAAAUUGAACCACCGAAAGCGUGUUCAGGGGAUGUGAGUGACAAUAAAACACUAGUAUUGGUCAUCUCAAGUGAUUCACAACCACAAACAAACAAACAUAACGUGUGCAUGAACGACAAGCCAGUGAAGCUGCACGUGCCAGUAAAAGGAUACAAGUACGCUAAGAUAAAGGAUAAGGAAGUGACGAUUUGGAAGGCGGAGGAGGAAGAAUACGCGUACGCGAUCUCUUUAUUGUUCGAAAGGCCAGUGUACAUGGACAUAGAGCUGUUUACGCUCGCAUUUAAGAGGAACGUGAGGUUCGCAAUGCUCAACGGAGAGUGGAAGCCGAUACCGAGCGCAGAGUACUACGAGAGCAUGAAUAGGUACAAGGAGUACCACAAAAACGCGAAGAACGAGAACUCGGAAGUGGUAGCGGUGAAUUUAAACGGGCCGGACGAGGAGAAGCUGCUAAUAACGAACAGGUCGCCGCCUGAUAACUCAGUGAAGUCUGUGGAAUAUUCGCCGAAAAAUGGCAAAAAAAUAGGCUACGUAAUCGCAGAAGGGCACAUAAUAUGGAUGAGUCCGCGCGGGGAAGACUGCACAGUGCUGUCGACCUACAAGCGCAACCUUGCAGUGCUGGUCAUGAUCGAGUACAAGGACGACCGGCCGACCGAGUUCCUAAGCUACGAGGCAAAGUGGACUGAGGUGCCCAAGCAGAAAUACUACGACAAAAUUGUUGAACUGUACACAAUGUAG